AUGUCCAAUCACCAUAUCACGGUGGAUAGCGCUGAACAUGCAGGCUACAGAAAUGGACCAAUUCAACUAUCUGCACCGCAAGCUCAAGUGCAGGUUAACCUUUCCAUACCAUCCAACAUCGUGAAUGGUAAUCUUGCAUCCGGCGCCGUGAUUGUGCUACAGCCGAUUACCUCUGGUGCACAUGAAGCGCGACCAGUGGCCUUCGAUACGGACCCAACUGCCAUUCCGCCUACAUCCAUCAGGAAGCAAUCAGAAUAUCCCACGUCAUCUGGCGGCUUGGGCGAUAUCUGGAGGUGUUCAAGGAUGAUCGAUUCAACCUCUACUGAGGUUGCUGUCAAAGCUAUUAGGAUUACGGACGUACGCAAUAAAGAAGCCGUUCAAAAAGCGAAGAAGAGACUUCGCCGCGAAGUAGCCGUGUGGGCCAGACUGAGGCAUGCGCAUGUUCUCACUCUUCACGGAACGGUUUCCGGUUUUGGACAAUUGCCUGCUCUUGUUUCCGAAUGGAUGCAUAACGGGGCACUUGAUAGCUACCUGGAGCGUACGAGCCUCACUAUGGGACAGAAACUAAAACUGCUGAAACAGGUAGUGGAUGGGUUGAGAUAUCUUCACGAACAGAAAGUAAUUCACGGGGACCUGACCAGUACAAAUGUUGUAAUCGACCACGACGGCAAUGCAUUUUUGGCAGAUUUUGGUCUCUCAGUAGCUCUCGCAGAGGCUGACAGAUCGUACUACAACUCUCAUUCGAGUGGCGCUGUCCGGUGGAUAGCGCCCGAAUUGCUCGGCUCAUCGGAACCACAAAACACUCCAGAUGGCAGUGACAGCGAUGUCGAUCUGCCAAAACCGAACAGUCAGAGCGAUGUAUUUUCGCUCGGUUGUAUCAUGCUCCAUGUCUUCUCGGGCAGACUGCCCUUCUGGUGGCUUAAAAAAGUUCAACAUAUAUUCAGUGCUCAGCUCAAUCGUACAGAGCCAUAUCGGCUCGAAUCUAGUGUGACCGUUAGCCAGCAGCAUUUGGAUUUCAUGCGCAGAUGUUGGUCAGCCGAGCCUCAAGUUCGUCCUUCCACUGGGGAUGCUGCUUCCUUUGUGGAAGAAGAGCUAGCCAGUGUUCCUUCUCACUAGUUCAGCGCUCGAUAUAUGUUAUGGUACGCUUUGGAUAUAGAUUGCGGUUGUAGCUCACCUAUAUAUAAAGUAUCUCGAUGAUCGUUGGUUAAUAUACUACUUAUUUUGAGUCUUAUUAUAUCACCGAGCACA